CUGUAGUGGAGAUGAAACCCGUAACGUUAACCUCGUUCAAAUGAAUGAAACACACCUCUGCAGCUUUAACCAGGAGGUGUUUUAAAAAUAAAAGCCUCAAAUUAUCUCUUAUUUUUUGUUUUCUUGGUUGUUUUUUUCCCAAGCUGCUUGCAGUAGUUUAGCUUCAUAACUGGUUGGACUGGUCAAGUAUGGAGCUAGGACAGUGACGCUAUGGAGGCUUCUGAGGUUCCUGCAUCGCCUCCGACGGAGAUGGCGGAAGAGAAUGGCAGUCCCUCCGUGGCCCCUGAAGUCUCCGUCGGGCCCGACCCUGCCACCUUCUCUAUGCCCCCAGCCAUAGAAGACGAGGAGGGAGAACUGCCCGCGGACUUUGAGCGCCUGUGGAAGGCUGCCCACGACAAUCCUCAAGACUUCACCACCUGGACUGACCUGCUGCAGUACUGCGAGCAAGAGAGUCACAUCACAGCGUCACGCAGAGCACUAGAGGCUUUCCUCUCUCGCUACCCGCUCUGCUACGGCUACUGGAAGAAAUUUGCUGACCUGGAGCGCCGCGCUGGAAACAACAACAAAGCAGAGGAGGUGUGUAUUCAAGGCCUCCAGGUUAUCCCUCUGAGUGUAGAUCUGUGGAUCCACUACAUCAAUCUGCUGCUGGGAACACUGGACAUGAACCUGCCUGAGUCGCCAGAACGGAUUCGCAGUGUGUUCGAGGAUGGGGUUGUGGCAGCAGGUCUGGACUUCCACUCAGACCGGCUUUGGGAUCUUUAUGUGGAGUGGGAGAAGGAGCAGGGGAACAUGAAGAACGCAGCAGCUGUCCUGGACAGAGUCCUCAAAGUCCCCACCCAGCUCUACAACACCCACUACGACAAGUUCAAGGAACACCUGAACGGCCACGAGCCCAAAGACGUGCUUUCCCCAGAGGAGUACGAGGAGCUGAGGACGUUGUGUCGUCAGAGUCAGAAGGCAGAGCGUGCGGAGCAGGCCCAGGAGGAGGAGGAGGAGAGGCCGCCGGGCGAGGAAGAGCCCGCCACACCCGAGGGCACAGACUCAGAGGAACUGAUGCAGAAGGUUAGGGAACAGGUUCUGGUUCGCAGGGACAAAGUGUACCAGGACAACGAGGGAGAAGUCCGCAAGAGAUGGCACUUUGAAGACGCUAUCAAACGUCCUUACUUCCACGUCAAGCCACUCGAUCGCCUCCAGCUGCGGGCCUGGCACACAUACCUGGACUGGGAGAUCGCUCAGCUGAACAAGGACACCAGAGACCCCCAAGACCCCCAACAAGAUCCAGACCCAGACCAGGCAGCCACAGAGGGGUCAGAGGUCCCAGCCAAGCCUCAGGAAGAAUCAGUGGAAGUUGCGGUUUCCAACGACGACCACAAGGUUCGCAUCCUCUUUGAGCGUUGUUUGAUCGCCUGCGCUCUGUAUGAGGAGUUCUGGAUCAGGUACAAUCAGUACCUGGAGAUGCAGAGUGUGGACGAGGCGCGUGUUGUUUUCAAACGAGCCUGUUUGGUCCACCUGGCGUACAAACCCAACAUCCACAUGCAGUGGGCCACCUUCGAGGAGAGGCACGGUGACUUAACGGAGGCCCGGCGAGUGCUGGAGGCCCUGGAGAAAACACUACCAGGGUUGGCGGUGGUCCGCCUUCGCAGGGCGGCUUUAGAGAGGCGAGCGGGCCACCUGGACCAAUCAGAGGCUUUGCUGCGGGAGGCGGUGGACGAAUCCAAAGAGAAGCCCACGUUACACGCCUUUUAUUCUAUCAAGCUUGCUCGUCUGCUUCUGAAGCUGGGCAGGAACCCCAACAGAGCCCGCAGAGUUUUACAGGAGGCGCUGGAGAUUAGUCCGGAUAACGAUAAGCUGCACCUGAACCUGUUGGAGCUGGAGGUGUCGGGGGACCCCUCAUCUGAGGCUGUGCGGGAGUGUGUGACGCGAGCACUGGCGGCUCCCCUCGCCCCACACACCAAGAUCCUCUUCUCGCAGAGAGGCCUGCAGUUUGCAGAGGACUACAGCAACUCCAUCCAGAGUGUGCUGUCUGUCUAUGAGGAGCACCAGAAGCUGCUGACGGAGCUCGGAGGAACAAAGAGAGAAGCCGAGAACGGGGAGGAGGAAAUGGAGAAGCUGAGCAAAAGUGACGACGGCUCUGCUGUUGCCGUUUCUUCAGAAGUCCCACCUACCAUGCCUCAUGUCCCCAUCACCACACCCCCUCCUCCUGUGAUGGGCGCUGACGCAAGCUCACAGGCCGGCUACGGGGGAUACAGCAGCUGGUACCAGCAACCGCAGUACGGCAGCUACGGCUACCAGAACUGGAAUUACAACCAAGGCUACUAUCCUCCCAGCUAAAGGGGACGACAGUGACACCAAAAAGCCACAGGAAAUGGUUGGACCCAGGAUGACUCUUCAGUUGAACAACAAACUGAACCACCCAGUCCUGUCGGUCCACCUGCUUAAAAAUGGUCCUUGCAUCCUUUCCUCCAAGUCCGUCCUCUGAGCUGCCUCACUGUCCUGGAUUUGUUUGAGGGCUGGAGUUGAGCUCUUUUAGCAUGUCGUGUCAUUUCAGUGUUGAUUCUGAGGGGCGGGUGGAAAGAUGAUGAAAGGAAACGAGUGAUGUUCCCAUUCUCAGUACAUCAGUGUCUCUCAAUUUUAAUCAGAACUAUUUUUGUAUUUGUUUGCAAACCCAACCUCAUCGCUCCGGUUUUAAAGUCAUCCAGUUUAUCCAACUUGACAGGUGAUGUAUGAUUGACAUUUUGUACCAUUCCAGAGUAGGCUAUUUGUUGUUUUUUCUAAUGUAUAUAAAGGUGUUUUAUAGUGUGUCACAACAGAA